GGCAACACAAGGCCCAAAUAUCUCAUUUUCCCCGCAAAAAUGUAACCUGUUGUUGCUUGGGGCUCCCUUCCCAGCACUUUCCAGCCAGCGGUGCCUCCCUGUCUACAGAGUCACGUUCGCAGAGCAGCCUUUGGGUUCUUGCUCCCAGCAACGCCGCCAGCUCUGCCGGAGGCUGCCAGCCCUCCGAGAUGGCUCGCUCCCAGCCGGGCAGUGCCCGAGCGCGGAGCGCUGCCUCCCCGGGCCGCGGCGGCCUCCCCCGGGCGCCCCACAGCGAGGCCAGGAGCCGCUCACUCACAGCCUGCCACGCCGCCGCCGCCGCACCUCCUGCGCACGGCACCGCUACUCGCGGCCGUUGCUCCUAAACGCGCACCCGGGCAGAAGCCGCUCAACGGCAGCUGCCGAGCCCCGGGCCGGCCUCCCCCGACCUGUAGCGUUAGGGUACGGAGCGAGUCUCCCCACCGAGUGGGGCGGGUGGAGGCCCCGCAGGGCCGCCGCGGAGCUCGGUGCUGGCGGCUUGGGGCCCUGCAGCGGUGGGCUGCGAGGCGCUGCCCUUCCGAGCUGAGGGAGUGUGUGCAACAAGGACCAAAAUCUUUUAAGAGGCAAACCUGAACUGCACCAAAAGCAAAAUGAAGCCAACAAAGAGCCCGAGGCAGCUGAGGUCCCAGAGGGAUUCUGUGUAUAACGUGAGUCAUGCAAAACGGGUACCGGAGUUACCGCCCCUGCCUGCUUCUGCUCCAGCUGCACCUUCACAGUUGUACCAGCUUGUCCUUAAGAGCAGCUGUUACCCUCCUUUGAUGCAACCAGCGUCCUGGACUUUGGCAGCUCCGUUCAAGGAACAGAGUUACCACCGAAGCCCAAGUGACUCCAUAGCUAAUAACUAUACUCCUACUGCACGGGAUUUGACACUGAAGAAGGUGCACAAGGUCUCUUCAGUGACAGGGACAUCACUAGGCGCAGCAGAGCGCAGGACAGCCUCGCCACCUUCCAAAGAAUGUGAUCCUUCCAGGAAAAAGCUCAAACUUUCUGCAAGGAGUCAGCGGAAUUCUGAUAGUUUGGAGCCCCUUUCACUGCCUGCACUUGCUCACAUGCCAGGAUUGCGUGGCCUGCAUUAUACAGACAGCCAACCGCUGACCCCAGAGGAACAAUUUGUUGUCAUGCACCUCUGUGAAAAGGAGAGAAGCAAGGCAGAAAAGCCUCCCUCAGGAAAUGAUAUAGAGCGAUACUGUUACUACAUCCACAACGGAGUGCAGGAGGACAUGCUGGCACCUCAUGACAAGGAACUGAUGAGUGGGAUUUUAAGGCAUGUUCCAGCUCACAUGCUUGCUAACCCAAACCUGGACAAAUUACUUGCAAAUUUAAAAGAAGAGGUUAAGGCAGACUAUGCUAUCAGCCUCAUGAAGGCCAUUGUUGAUUACAUCCUGAUGGACCCAGCUGAGAGAGAGAGGCUGUUCAUUGGGAGCACCCCCCGCCCCUUCCCCCAGAGAGUGGUCCGCGCGCCGGUGCCGUGGCACAGCUCUCACCGAGCAGCGAAAAGCUGGAUUGAGAAGAGUCUGUUCACAGUGAAUCCACUGAUGCCCACUUUGCAGCAGCUCUGGCUUUCUCAGUACAGCCAUCUAAGGUUUGUUCACACUGGAGAACUGCUUCAAAUGGACCUGCCACUGCUGCCUGCUGAAUUUAAGGAGGUCAUUCGAAGACACUGCCUGAAAACUCACAAUAUUCUUCAGAAUGAGUGGAUCCCAACUUGUGCAUCCAUUUUCCGUGGUGAGAAAGAGAAAUGGCUUCAUCUUGCCCCCCAGACUGAUGGUGAUUCCCCUCAGCAGGUUGAAAGCUACUUUCGUUCGGUGGCAACGUUAAUGUCCCUGCAGUUACGGGAGAUGGUUGUGAGCUCCUUAGAAGACCUUCUUGCCUUUUUUAUGCUCCACAAGGAUGGAAGUGAUUUUACAGAACCUUAUGAAGAAAUGCAGUUCUUUGUACCUCAGACACUGAUAGUCAGACUUAACCUGGAAGAAUGCAAGAUUGUCUUUGAGCCACCUUUGCAAGAGUGUUGGUAUUUAAUCAGUCAUUGCUUCAGGGAGAUCCUGCACAGUGCUGAGGAGCUUCCGAAGGUAGAGAGAUUACUGUUUCCAGCAUUGAAAAGAGAUGAUCUUACUCUGAGCACAGUCAAGCCAGAUGAAUCAUUGUUUUCAGAGUAUUUGAACAAGCUUGAAAAGAUCUUUGAGAGCAACAUACUUGGUCCACAGAAAUACUUGAAUGUGUACAAGAAAUACAGCAAUCUUCUGAACAACAAUGCACAGCAAGAUGUCACAGAUUUCUUGAAAGAAGGCCAUUCUUUGGAAGCCUUAGCAGAGAAGAUUGACAGCUUGACAAGACUGAAGGGAGAGAUUGCUUCCAUGCAUGUCACUGUCCCUCUGGCCAUGUUCUGUCUGGAUGCCUCACGACUAAAUGAGGAACUCUGCAAUCGGACUCAAACCCUUAAAGAUAGAGUGAUUGAAUUUGAAGUGAUGGAAAGCAGAGCCUUAAAUGAAGGAAUUUGCAAUGAAUACAGCUGCAUUGCAAAGAGAUUGAGUGAGGUGCCUCAGGACACAGAGCAGCUAGUGGAAUUAGUUGAAUAUUUGAAGAAAUCCAGGGAAGUUACUGUUUACAAACUGAGACAGGAGGUUGCUAAAGCAGCACAGAGGCUGGAAUUCCUCAUGGAUUAUGCUGACCUUCCCUAUGAUGACAUAAAUUUGCAUAGCAGAGUUUUCCAUUGGCCUGGAGAGAUUGAGGCAGUUUUGGAGAACAGUGAAGAUGAGUUGUGUAAGAGGAGGAGUCAUGCAGAGAUGGUUCUGCUUGAAAGGUGUUCCCAGUUGGAGGAGACUCUUGAAGGUUAUAAUAGGGAACUGGAAAGCUACAGAAAGCGGAACGUCACCACCAUGCAAGAAAUGAAGAGCAACACUGAGAAACUUCAGGAGUUAAAUAAGAAUAUAGAGAGUGCACUAACAGAAUAUGAGGCUAUAAGUAAAGAAGAAGAGUUACUGGAGCAGGAGAAGAGUCAGUUUCCUUUAUUGCAAACUAUCAUUGCAAGCAAAGAGCCCUUUGAGCAACUCUGGAUAACAGCAUAUGAUUUCCACACCAAAUCUAAGGAGUGGAUGAAUGGAUCUCUGCAGGAGUUGAAUGCUGAUGAAAUCACAGAAGAAGUGGGAAAUAUGUGGAGAACUAUGUACAAGCUCACUAAGGUGUUUCAGGAUUUGCCUGAGCCUAGGCACGUAGCAGAAACCGUGAAAUAUAAGCUUGACAAGUUUAAACAGCAUCUUCCUCUCCUGUCAGUUGCCUGCAAUCGUGGAAUGAAGGAGAGGCACUGGGAGCAGAUCAGUGAAAUUGUAGGAAGUGAGAUCAGACCUGAUGAAACCACCACUUUUAAAAACAUACUGGAUUUUGGACUCUCAAAAUACCUUGAUCAGCUGGAACCUAUUGGAGCAGCUGCAAGUAAGGAGUAUUCCUUGGAGAAAUCAAUAGAGAACAUGAAAGCUGAGUGGAUCAACAUGCAGUUCAGCCUAGUGAAGUAUAGGGAUACUGACACCAGCAUCCUGUCAGCAAUUGAGGACAUCCAACUUCUGCUGGAUGAUCACAUUGUUAAGACUCAGACAAUGUGUGGCUCUCCCUUCAUCAAAGCAGUAGAAGCUGAAUGCUUGGCUUGGGACCGUAAGCUGCGUUUAAUGCAAGCUAUCGUGGAUAACUGGUUAAAAUGUCAGGCAACCUGGUUGUAUUUGGAACCAAUUUUUAGUUCUGAAGACAUCAUAGCUCAAAUGCCUGAAGAGGGCAGAAAGUUUAGGGUUGUGGAUUCCUACUGGAAGAACAUUAUGGCAGCAGUGGUGAAAGACACAAAGGUCCUUGUAGCAACUGAACAACCCAUGAUGUUAGAGAGGCUUCAGGAAGCAAAUACUCUCUUAGAAGACAUUCAGAAGGGGUUGAAUACUUAUUUGGAGAAGAAGAGGUUAUUUUUCCCAAGAUUCUUUUUCCUCUCUAAUGAAGAACUGCUUGAAAUACUGUCUGAAACAAAGGAUCCCCUUCGAGUACAACCACAUCUAAAGAAGUGUUUUGAAGGAAUUGCUAAACUGGAGUUCACAGAAGAUCUGGAAAUUGUGGGCAUGAUCAGUUCAGAGAAAGAAAUUGUUCCUUUCACAGGGAAAAUCUAUCCAGCCAAUGCAAAAGGCAUGGUAGAAAAAUGGCUUUUGCAAGUAGAAGAGAUGAUGCUGGCCAGCGUAAGACAAGUUGUGCAGGAUGGCCUAACAGCAUACGCUGAGGUUCCUCGGAAAACCUGGGUGCUUGAGUGGCCUGGACAGGUGGUUAUUUGUGUUUCAUCCAUUUACUGGACAGAAGAAGUGUCUGUGGCUAUAAGUAAAGGAACUUUACAAGAUUUCCUCGAGAGGAGCAAUCUUCAGAUUGGAGAGAUUGUUGAGUUAGUGAGAGGAAAGCUGUCCAGUGGAGCCCGGCUGACACUUGGAGCUCUGACUGUCAUCGAUGUCCAUGCUCGUGAUGUGGUUGCAAAAUUGGUUGAAGACAAAGUCACAGAUCUGAAUGACUUCCAGUGGAUUUCUCAGCUGAGAUACUACUGGGAGGAGAAGGAUGUAAUAGUGAGAAUGAUUACAACAGAAGCCAAAUAUGGUUAUGAAUAUCUGGGCAAUUCUCUGCGUCUGGUUAUAACCCCACUAACAGAUCGAUGCUAUAGGACAUUAAUGGGUGCUUUGAAAUUAAAUCUUGGUGGUGCUCCAGAAGGACCUGCAGGGACUGGCAAAACAGAAACAACCAAAGAUCUAGCGAAAGCACUGGCUAAGCAGUGUGUGGUCUUUAACUGCUCAGAUGGUCUGGACUACAAGGCAAUGGGCAAGUUCUUUAAGGGCUUGGCACAGUCUGGUGCUUGGGCUUGCUUCGACGAGUUCAAUAGGAUUGAGGUCGAAGUGUUAUCUGUAGUGGCCCAACAGAUACUUAGCAUACAGCAAGCUGUUAUGAAUAAACUCAAAACAUUCAUCUUUGAGGGGACAGAGAUCUCUCUUAAUCCUACCUGUGCUGUGUUUAUCACGAUGAAUCCUGGCUAUGCUGGACGGGCUGAGCUGCCUGAUAACCUGAAGGCCCUGUUCCGGACAGUUGCCAUGAUGGUUCCAGACUAUGCUUUGAUUGGAGAAAUUUCACUCUACUCCAUGGGAUUUUUGGACUCUCGGAGCCUUGCCCAGAAGAUCGUCGCCACGUACCGGCUGUGCUCGGAGCAGCUCUCGUCUCAGCAUCACUACGACUACGGGAUGCGUGCCGUCAAAUCCGUCCUGACAGCGGCAGGCAACUUAAAACUGAAGUACCCGGCUGAGAACGAGAGUGUGCUGCUACUGCGGGCUCUGCUGGACGUCAACCUGGCCAAGUUCUUGGCACAGGAUGUGCCACUGUUUCAGGGCAUCAUAUCUGACCUGUUUCCUGGAGUGGUUCUUCCUACGCCUGACUAUGACUUGUUUGUCCAGGCGCUAACUGAAAACAUCCACAAAAUGAAUCUUCAACCAGUUCCAUGGUUCAUUGGGAAAAUUAUUCAGAUCUACGAGAUGAUGCUGGUGCGCCAUGGCUUCAUGAUCGUCGGAGAGCCUCUGAGCGGCAAGACCUCUGCCUACAAAGUGCUGGCUGCAGCCCUCGGAGACUUGUGUGCAGCAAAAUCCAUGGAUGAAUUUGCUGUGGAAUACAAAGUUAUUAAUCCCAAAGCAAUUACCAUGGGGCAGUUGUAUGGCAGUUUUGAUCCUGUGAGCCACGAGUGGGCAGACGGAGUCCUUGCGAAUGCCUUCAGGGAGCAAGCAUCUUCCACCACAGAUGAUCGGAAGUGGAUUAUUUUUGAUGGCCCAGUGGAUGCAGUUUGGAUAGAGAACAUGAACACUGUGCUGGAUGAUAAUAAAAAGCUGUGCUUAAUGAGUGGCGAAAUAAUUCAGAUGAAUUCAAAAAUGAGUUUAAUCUUUGAGCCGGCUGACUUAGAGGAGGCAUCUCCAGCAACUGUCAGCAGGUGUGGAAUGAUCUACAUGGACCCACAAGAGUUAGGCUGGAAGCCACUGAAAGAGUCCUACAUGAAUACACUGCCUUCAAACCUGCAGGAAGAACACCGAGAGCUGAUCAAUGACAUGUUCAUGUGGCUCGUGCAGCCCUGUUUAGACUUCGUUCACCUCCACUGCAAAGCCAUUGUACAAACAUCCUCUAUUCAUCUGAGUUAUAGCUUGAUGAAACUCUUUACUUGUCUGCUUGAUGAACUAAAGCCAUCUGAGGAAGAGGAGAAGGAAAGCAUGUCCAGUCAGCAUCUCAGCUUGUGGCUGCAGGGGCUAUUCCUGUUCUCCUUGGUGUGGACAGUCGGUGGGAUCAUCGAUGCAGACAGCAGAAAGAAAUUUGAUCUGUUUUACCGCAACUUGCUGAUGGGAAUGGACGAUGAAAACCCACGCCCUAAAAGUGUGAAGCUUGGCAGAGGCAACAUCUUCCCAGAAAAAGGGAGUGUUUAUGACUUCUAUUUUCACAAGCAUGGCAGCGGGCAGUGGAACGUGUGGAUGGAGUACAUCACAAAAGAAGAGCAAGUCCUCUCUCCAGGAGCUAAGGUAUCUGAGCUGAUCAUUCCAACGAUGGAGACUGCCAGACAGAUGUUUUUUCUUCACACCUAUGUGGAGCAUAAUGUCCCUUUGCUUUUUGUGGGUCCCACUGGCACUGGAAAAUCAGUUAUAACAAACACUUUCCUACUACAGCUUCCAAAGCAAAAAUACAUCCCCAGCUUCAUCAACUUCUCUGCAAGAACAUCUGCUAAUCAAACCCAGGACAUUAUUAUGUCCAAGCUGGACAGAAGAAGAAAAGGAGUCUUUGGACCUCCUCUGGGGAAAAAAGCUGUAAUGUUUGUGGAUGACCUGAACAUGCCUGCAAAGGAAGCUUAUGGAGCCCAGCCACCUAUCGAGCUUCUCCGCCAGUGGAUUGAUCACGGCCAUUGGUAUGACACAAAAGAUGCAUCCAAGAUCAGCAUCCAGGAUGUGCUGCUUGUUUCAGCAAUGGGCCCACCUGGAGGUGGCAGGAAUGAUAUUACAGGCCGCUUCACUCGGCACUUGAACAUUGUCUCCAUGCAUUCGUUCGAUGAUGAGGUCCUGAGCAAGAUUUUUACUGCCAUUGCUGACUGGCACUUCAGCAAGGGCUUUGAGGCUGCCUUUCUCAGGUUGGGGAAAAUGAUGGUCCAAGCUACAAUGGUGAUUUAUAAAAUGGCAGUUGAUAACUUUCUGCCAACUCCUACAAAAUCCCACUAUGUCUUUAACCUAAGGGACUUCUCCAGGGUCAUCAAAGGAGUCCUGCUCUGUCCACACACUCAUUUGCAAGAUGGAGAGAAGCUGAUCAGGCUCUGGAUUCACGAGGUUUACCGAGUUUUCUAUGACCGCUUAGUUGAUGAGGAGGACAGGAAGGUGUUCUUCUGGAUGGUGCAAGAGACAACAUCAAAUAGCUUCAAGCAGAGCUUCAGUAAGGUGCUGAGUCAUCUCUCACCGAGCGGAGAGGUCUCUGAUGAUGAUAUUCGCAGCCUGUUCUUCGGGGACUAUUUGAAUCCGGGCAGUGGCGUGAAAGUGUACGAUGAGAUCAGAGACCUGGAGCAGCUGACAGCUGUGAUGGAGCACUACCUGGAGGAGUACAACGCCACCAGCAAAGCGCCCAUGUCCCUAGUCAUGUUCAGGUUUGCUAUCGAGCACAUCUCCAGGAUAUGCAGGGUACUGAAGCAGGAUAACGGGCACUUGCUGCUGGUGGGGAUCGGCGGGAGCGGGCGCCAGAGCGCCGCCAGGCUGGCCGCCUUCAUCCAUGCCCUCGAGCUCUUCCAGGUGGAGAUGACCAAGUCCUACGGCAUCGGCGAGUGGAGGGACGACGUGAAGCGAGUCAUGCGGCAAGCGGGCGCCGAGAACAAGAGCGUGGCCCUGCUGUUUGGGGACAAUCAAAUCAAGGACGAGGCCUUCGUAGAAGAUAUCAACAUGCUUCUGAACAGCGGCGACGUGCCCAACAUCUUCCCAGCAGACGAGAAGGCUGAGAUUGUGGAGAAGAUGCAGGGUGCAGCAAGGAUGGAGAGCAGGAGAGUCGAAGCCACUCCCCUCGCCAUGUACAAUUUCUUCAUUGAAAGGGUGAAGAAGAACUUGCACAUCGUCCUAGCCAUGAGUCCUAUCGGAGAUGCGUUCCGGAAUCGAUUACGGAUGUUCCCAUCGCUCAUCAACUGCUGCACCAUCGACUGGUUCCAGACCUGGCCUACAGAUGCCUUGGAAAUGGUUGCUCACAAGUUUUUAGAGGAUGUUGAACUUGAAGAGGAUGUUAGAAAAGAGGUUGUGUGGAUGUGCCAGUACUUCCAGGCGAGUGCGAGAGAGCUCUCCAGCAGCUAUUACGCUGCGCUGCGAAGACACAACUACGUGACCCCAGCUUCAUACCUCGAACUCAUUCUUACCUUUAAGACUCUGCUGAACAGCAAGAGGCAAGAAGUUGACACAAUGAGAACUCGUUACCUUACAGGCCUUCAGAAACUUGACUUUGCAUCUUCACAAGUUGCAGAGAUGCAGAAAGAGCUGACUGCCCUUCAGCCUGAACUGAUUCAGACUUCUGCAGAAACAGAAAAAAUGAUGAUCCAGAUUGAAAAGGAAACCACUAAAGUAGAUGCAAAGAAGGAACUCGUGGCAGCAGAUGAAAAAGAGGCGAACGAAGCGGCAGCUGCUGCUCAAGCUAUUAAGGAUGAAUGCGAAGGAGACCUUGCUGAGGCCAUGCCAGCUCUGGAGGCAGCACUUGCAGCUCUUGAUACCCUGAAUCCUUCAGACAUCUCUCUUGUGAAGUCCAUGCAGAAUCCACCUGGUCCUGUGAAGCUUGUCAUGGAGAGCAUCUGUGUCAUGAAGGGAGCAAAGCCAGAGAGGAAACCUGAUCCCGGUGGCAGUGGUAAAAUGAUAGAAGACUACUGGGGACCAUCUAGGAAACUCCUUGGAGAUCUGAAAUUCCUUGAGAGCUUAAAGACAUAUGACAAGGAUAAUAUUCCUCCUGCUAUCAUGAAGAGAAUUAGAGAGAGGUUUAUUGACCACCCAGAUUUUCAGCCAGCUGUCAUAAAGAAUGUCUCAUCUGCCUGCGAAGGGCUCUGCAAGUGGGUGCGAGCCAUGGAGGUGUACGAUCGCGUCGCCAAAGUGGUCGGCCCCAAGCGCCAGCGCCUGGGAGCUGCAGAGGAGCUGCUGGGUGUCCAGAUGCAGAAGCUAAGGACCAAACAAGCAGAACUGAAGGAGAUAGUCGAUCGCCUCCAAGCUUUGAACGAGGAGUUUGACAGCAUGAACAAGCGGAAGAGAGACCUGGAAACCAACAUUGAGCUGUGCUCGGAGAAGCUCGUGAGGGCCGAGCAGCUGAUCAGUGGUCUCGGCGGGGAGAGGGACAGGUGGACAGAAGCUGCACGGGCGUUGGGAGCUCGGUACAGAGACCUCGUAGGGGAUGUGCUGUUGUCCUCGGGAACUGUGGCUUACCUGGGGGCCUUCACCGUGGACUACCGGCUGAAGUGUCAAGAGCAGUGGCAAGCGCUGUGCAGCGAGAGGAAGAUCCCCUGCUCCAGCGAUUUCAGCCUGAGUAACACCCUGGGGGAUGCGGUGCAGAUCCGUGCCUGGCAGCUGGCUGGGCUGCCAGUCGACUCUUUCUCUGUCGACAACGGCAUCAUCGUUUCCAACUCGAGGAGAUGGGCUUUGAUGAUAGACCCUCAGAGGCAAGCUAACAAGUGGGUGAAGAACAUGGAGAAGACGAACAGGCUGUCAGUGAUCAAGCUGUCUGAUGCACAUUACGUGAGGACGCUGGAAAACGCUGUUCAGCUUGGAACACCAGUCCUGCUGGAAAACAUUGGGGAAGAGCUAGAUGCUUUCAUAGAACCCAUUCUGUUGAAGCAAACGUUCAAACAGCAGGGAGUAGAAUACAUGAAACUAGGGGAAAAUAUAAUUGAAUACUCAAGAGAUUUCAGGUUUUACAUAACAACCUGCUUAAGAAACCCUCAUUAUCUUCCUGAGGUGGCUGUAAAAGUUUGUCUGCUCAACUUCAUGAUCACACCUUUGGGCCUUCAGGACCAGCUUCUUGGAAUUGUAGCUGCAGAGGAAAAGCCUGAGCUAGAAGAGAAGAAAAAUAAACUGAUUAUAGAAAGUGCAGCCAACAAGAAACAACUAAAGGAAAUAGAAGAUAAAAUCCUGGAGAUCCUUUCCAGCUCAGAAGGAAACAUCUUGGAAGAUGAAACCGCCAUUAAUAUUUUGUCUUCAUCCAAAGAGCUAUCUGAGGAAAUCUCUGAGAAGCAAAAGGUUUCCUCUGUGACUGAGAUGCAGAUAGACUCCACUCGAAUGGGCUAUAAGCCAGUUGCUGUUCAUUCAGCUGUUCUCUUCUUCUGCAUCUCUGAUCUGGCAAACAUUGAGCCUAUGUACCAGUAUUCCUUGAUCUGGUUCUUCAACUUGUACGUUCAGUCCAUUGCUAAGAGCAAAAGGAGUGAAGAACUGGAGGAGAGGAUCAAGAACAUAACUGAGCACUUCACAGUCAGCAUCUACAAUAACGUCUGCCGCUCCCUCUUCGAGAAGGACAAGCUGCUCUUCUCCUUACUGCUGACAGUAGGCAUCAUGAAGGGGAAAGACCAAAUAGAUGAUGCGGUUUGGCAUUUCCUGCUGACAGGAGGUGUUGCUCUUGAUAAUCCUCACCCCAAUCCAGCUCCAGACUGGCUGGCUGACAAGUCCUGGGCUGAGCUCGUGCGUGCGUCUGGCCUGGCAAGCCUCCGGGGACUAAUGGACCACGUAAGGGAGAAGCCUUCCAAGUGGAAACUCAUCUAUGACUCUGUAAGACCCCACCAGGAAGCCUUCCCGGAUGCGUGGGGCGCGCUGGUGGGCUUAGAUCGCAUGGCUGUGCUCCGGUGUUUGAGGCCUGACAAAGUCAUCCCGGCGGUGCAGGAGUUCAUCGUGGAAAACAUGGGCAGAGCCUUCAUUGAUCCACCCACUUUUGACCUUGCAAGAAGCUACAGCGAUUCCAGUUGUUGUGCCCCCUUGAUUUUUGUGUUGUCACCAGGGGCUGAUCCUAUGGCAGGCCUGCUGAAAUUUGCUGCUGAUGUUGGCAUGGGAGGUGCAAGCACUCAGACGAUUUCGCUUGGACAGGGCCAGGGCCCAAUAGCAGCCAAAAUGAUUCAUCAGGCGAUUGGUGAUGGAACCUGGGUGGUGCUGCAAAACUGCCAUCUUGCAACUAGCUGGAUGCCUGCUCUGGAAAAAAUCUGUGAGGAAGUGAUAGUAGCUGAGAAUACCAAAGAGAAGUUCAGGUUGUGGCUGACUAGUUACCCUUCAGAAAAGUUUCCUGUUAGCAUCCUCCAGAAUGGCAUCAAGAUGACAAAUGAGCCUCCAAAAGGAGUUAGAGUGAACCUUCUCCGAUCGUACCUUAACGACCCCAUCUCUGACCCUGCCUUCUUCAGCGGCUGCCGAAAGCCACAACUGUGGCAGAAGCUGCUCUUUGGCCUUUGCUUCUUUCAUGCUGUCGUGCAGGAAAGAAGAAACUUUGGCCCACUGGGUUGGAACAUUCCGUACGAGUUCAACGAGUCUGACCUCAGGAUCAGCAUGAGGCAGAUCCAGAUGUUCCUGAACGACUAUGAAGAGCCUCCCUUUGAAGCCCUGACCUACCUAACAGGGGAAUGUAACUAUGGGGGCAGAGUAACAGAUGAUAAAGACAGGCGUCUGCUGCUCUCCCUCCUCUCCAUAGUCUAUAGCAAGGAUAUAGAGCAGGACAAGUACAUGCUUGCAGCUGUGGAUGACUACUACAUACCACCACAUGGUCCCUAUGAGUCUUACAUUGACUACAUACGAAGUUUACCAAUUAUAACACACCCUGAAGUGUUUGGACUUCAUGAAAAUGCAGACAUCACCAAGGAUAACCAGGAGACUAAUCAGCUUUUCCAUGGAGUGCUCCUGACUUUGCCUAGAGAAUCAGGGGGAGCUGGCAAAUCCCCUCAGGAGACUGUGGAAGAUUUGGCACAAGAUAUCCUAUCCAAAUUACCAAGUGACUUCGAUGUUGAAGAGGUGAUGAAGGCAUACCCAGUACUCUAUGAAGAGUCCAUGAAUACAGUCCUCAGGCAAGAACUGAUUCGGUUUAACAGGCUUACUGAAGUCAUUCGCAGCAGCCUCAUCAACUUAGGCAAAGCCAUCAAAGGCCAAGUGCUGAUGUCAUCUGAACUUGAAGAUGUUUUCAACAGCAUGCUGAUGGGCAAAGUCCCAGCAAUGUGGGCUGCCAAAUCCUAUCCAUCGCUGAAGCCCCUGGGAAGUUACGUGUCCGACCUGCUCUGCCGUUUGGCCUUCUUCCAGGCCUGGGUGAUCAGUGGGCCCCCCACAGUCUUCUGGCUCUCAGGAUUCUUCUUUACUCAGUCUUUUCUGACUGGUGUUCUACAGAACUAUGCCAGAAAAUACACCAUCCCCAUUGACCACAUUGGAUUUGAAUUUGAGGUGAUGCAACAGGAGCACACAAUGGAGCAGAUGCCAGCAGAUGGAGCUUACAUCAGAGGCCUUUAUUUGGAGGGGGCACGAUGGGAUCGACAGGCCCAGGUGAUUGGGGAAUCACUUCCAAAAGUCCUUUAUGAUCCUUUGCCCAUCAUCUGGCUGAAACCUGGAGAGACUUCCAGCUUUCUUCACAUGGACAUCUAUUCGUGCCCUGUGUACAAAACAAGUGCAAGAAGAGGGGUCCUGUCCACUACUGGCCACUCCACCAACUACGUCCUGUCCAUGGAGCUCCCUUCAGACAGGCCCCAGAAGCACUGGAUCAAUCGAGGGGUGGCAGCCCUCUGCCAGUUAGAUGACUGAGAGUGUGCAAGUCCAAGCAGCUGCAUUUUGUCAUUAAAGAGUUCCUUCACUCCA